CACCAAUGAGCGAUUUUUUCAUAGGAAUUUCAUUUUUCCAAAAGGUGGUUUUUUUUUUAAAUGACUCCAUAUUUUUUGAGAAUGGGCAGGGAAGGAUUCUUGAUGAAGGAGGGGAGGGACAUGAUGCUAUGGAAGUAGACCCUUAUCACCUACAGACGUUAACCCGCAUUAGGCUCUACCUCAAAAAGCAAGGUUCAGAGCAAAAGCCAAACGAUGAAGGCUUAGAUGAAGAAAUUGUACUUGAAAUCAAGCAACAAAGCAAUUCAUAUAAUCAGAUUGUUUUCGCCAUACAAGAGGGCUGAUGAGUAUUGUCAGUCUUAAAGUAUUCAUCGUUUAAAUAGUCGAC